AUGAGCAGCCCUCCAGCGUUUGACAAAGCCAUCUCRCUCACCAAUCGGUGCGGCGAGAGCAAGAGUCCAUAUGUCCGCUCUCACCUGGCAAACCCUACAGCAUGGCAGCUCUGGAGUCCCGAGACAUUGGAGCUUGCACGCAACACCAACCGGCUGCUGUUUGUGAGCAUUGGCUAUUCUGCUUGCCAUUGGUGCCAUGUCAUGGCCCACGAGAGCUUCGACGACCCACGAAUCGCCCAAUUGCUUAAUGAACAUUUCAUUCCAAUCAAGAUCGACCGAGAGGAGCGUCCAGAUAUCGACAGGCAAUACAUGGACUUCCUGCAGGCCACCAGUGGCUCAGGCGGGUGGCCUCUGAAUGUUUUUGUGACCCCAGAGCUGGAGCCUCUCUUUGGCGGUACCUAUUGGCCAGGUCCAAAGAGUGGGAGAACCAAGAUGGGCGGAACCACUUUCGAAGAUGUGUUGCGCAGAGUCCUCACCGCUUGGAAGGAGCAGGAAGCAAAAUGCAGACAAAACGCCAGCGAAAUCACACGGCAGCUACGCGAGUAUGCACAGGAAGGGAUGCUGGGCGGAAAGGAUGGCAAGCCGGACGAGAAUGAUGGUCUUGAACUCGAUUUGCUUGAUGAUGCUUAUCAGCACUACAAAGGYCGCUUCGAUCCAAAGUUCGGAGGCUUUGGUGGUGCGCCCAAGUUUCCUACACCAGUGCACAUCAGGCCUCUGUUACGGGUCGCCUCAUACCCUUCCGACGUACGUGAGAUUGUCGGAGAGGAUGAGUGUGUUGAAGCUCGCCGAAUGGCCGUCAAGACUUUGGAAAGCAUGGCCAAGGGUGGCAUCAAAGAUCAGAUCGGCCACGGCUUUGCAAGAUACUCUGUGACCCGGGAUUGGAGUCUGCCUCAUUUUGAAAAGAUGCUCUACGAUAACGCACAACUCCUCCCGGUAUAUCUGGAUGCAUACCUGCUCACAAAGUCGCCUCUGCUUCUCGAUACGGUCCACGACAUUGCCAAGUAUCUUACAAGCCCACCAAUGUCCUCUCCUCUUGGAGGCAUCAACGCGUCGGAAGAUGCAGACUCUCUCGCAACCGCCUCGGAUCAUCACAAGCGGGAAGGUGCAUACUACGUCUGGACCAUGGAAGAGUUCAAUACGGUCCUUGGCGACAGCGAUGCGAAAGUCUGUGCUGCUUACUGGGGAGUGAAGCAAGAAGGCAAUGUGGAGAGGAGAUUUGACGUACAAGGCGAGCUCAUCGGUCAGAACACUCUCUGUGUGCAGUGCGAGUUUAGUGAAUUGGCCGCAAAAUUCAGCAUGGAGGAGGAGGAGGAGGUAAAGCGGGUAAUCAGUGAAGGCAGACAAAAGCUGUUGGCUCAUAGAGAGCGAACCCGUCCUCGGCCAGCCCUCGACGACAAGAUUGUGACUUCCUGGAACGGCAUGGCGAUCGGUGGAUUGGCACGUGCGAGCUCUGCGCUGCAGUAUCUCGCGCCUGCAGAAGCCGCGACGUAUUUGGAUGGCGCAGUGAAAGCUGUAGAAUGCAUCCAGCAGCACCUAUUCGACACGAAUACUGGCACACUCAAGCGAGUAUACCGCGAAGGGCCAGGGCCUACUCCAGGUUUCGCAGAUGACUAUGCUUUCCUGAUCGCCGGAUUGCUUGAUCUUUACGAAGCUACUUGGGAUAGCCAAUGGCUAGAGUUUGCCGACAAGCUGCAGCAGACUCAGAUUAAGCUUUUCUGGGAUGAGGAGAAGUAUGGGUUCUUCUCUACGCCAGCCAAUCAGCCAGAUAUCUUGAUCCGUGUAAAGGACGCCAUGGACAAUGCCGAGCCUAGCAUCAAUGGUGUGAGCGCCCACAACCUCUUCCGCAUGGGAUCGCUUCUCAAUGACGAGACGUACGAGAAACUUGCGCGGAAGGUCGUAGCAUGCUUUGAGGUCGAGAUCGGUCAACAUCCUGGUCUCUUCAGCGGCAUGCUAGCAUCAGUCGUCGCCGCAAAGAAUGGCAUGCGAGGCCUCGUGGUCGUCGGCGAUGGCGAACUCGCAGAACAAGUCCUCCAAAAGAUGAGAGAUAAUGUCUGGCCCAUCUCUACCGCGCUUCGCGUCGGCGGUGGGGUCAACGACUCAUGGCUGAGAAGUCGUAAUACGCUGCUGAAGGAUAUUGACACUUCGAAGCCCAUGGUGCAGCUCUGUCACGAUGGAGUCUGCAAGCUUUUGUCGGCGGAGGAUCUGGAAGCUUUGUUCAAGGCAUAA